AUGACUUCGGCUACUUUGCGUGCUAUCACGCACCGCUUGACAACUACCCCGGUGGAGCAAUUGCCCUCCAAAGCUGCAUUGCUUGCGACCUCAUUGAACGACUGCGCCGCUCUCCUCUCAGCCCCGCAAAAUCAGAAGGGCAAGUCGGAUUCGGACAAUGCUGUUCAACUCCAUAAGUUGAAGACCAGAUUGGCUAGUCUGUUGCAAGAUCGCAGUGUUGAGGGAAGAUGGACUGCUGUGGUGCUGGUCAAAGCGGCGGUUGAAGCUGGUCAAUGGGAAAUCCUGCGUGGAUAUGAGCCUAUUGUUCGCAGCUUGAUUGGAAUCCUAGCAAAACCUGAUCCGAUCUCCACAAGAAAGAUGUGUAUCAUCACACUCACUCGGAUAUUCCAUCUCACGUACCAGUACCCCACGCUUGUUCGGGAAAUCACGACCCCUCAACUCCCAGGAUUCAUCACUGCUGCCUUGAACUUGGUUUCGACUGCAACAAAGACUCCUUCAGGCUCGACCCGGAAGUCAAAACCCAACACUCCAUUCAUGGAGGUUGUUCUGCACGCCUUGCUUGAACUGAUUCCCAGACAUAUCACUAUUUUCAGACCAUUCAACUCCCAACUCCGAUCUCUUCUGACCGAGGUCAUUGGAUCCUCGUCUGGACAGUUCCCAGGACAAGUCAUCGAAGCAGCGGAGCAACUGCUUGUGUCCCUUCACAAGUGCGCGCCGAAGGACCAGGCGACUACUGGAUGGAAAGAUGACUGCAAGGCGACAAUCCUGGCUAUUCAUCAAACAACCGAUCAUGUUUACCGAGCCGUGGUGGAACAGUGGGAAUCGGUGGAUGGGAGCUUGACUCAUACGCGCCCCAAUUGUAGUCAAGAAAUUGGCAGCGAGGGACCGGAUAGCCUUGGACUGCCAGAGUGGCAAGGAUUGCACUUGGGUGUGGAUAGGCUACUUGCGCUUCUAGAGAUCCUCUCUAGUUUCUUAUCAACACCAUCAGCGGCCGCAGUCGCUCUCCCCGUGGGCGCUAUCCUCGAUGUGACCUCCAGACUUACGUCUGUCACUGUUCCACUGAAUGGUGAACCGUCUCAAUCCGGAAUCCAAUUCAACAAGGAAAUUAGCCGUGAUGAGCGGGAGGGACUUUGGAUGGAACUCCCUCGCAUCCACAUUGCGUGCAUGGGUCUGCUCUCUAACCUCUUUGGAGUUCUUGGCACAAGCGCCACUUCGGUAACACAGACAGCUCUUGAGCAGGCCGUUUGGGUGUUCAAAGGCGAGAGCUUCAACCAAGACCUUCGAUCUGCCGUAUACAGCUUGUUGCGUUCCCUGGUCCCUGUUAACGGGCCUGCGAUGGCAAAGGAGAGCGUGGUGUCAUUGUCAAACGUCGUGCGCUCUUGCUGCAACGACCUCCUUCCGUCAGUUGAAAACCAAAGCCAAGCAGGAAACCCAGGCUCUGAUCCCAAGUCGAAGUCAAAGGGCGGGCACGGAUCAGCCAAUGCCGAUGCGUUCUUGAACCCCGAGCUGCAGAAAUUCCGUCAAAAACAGGCGUCGUCUCCUUUCUUACAGAACGCAUCUGGGCUUCUGCAGGCUGUGUUGGUUUCAAUCCCCGCCGAGCUUGUGCCGCCUUCUGUCAGAACUGAGAUCGACCGCACUAUCAUUCUCACCACUGACAAAGAUCCUAUGCUGGCCAGUGUUUUGAACCCCGUGCCUGCGGCCAAGGGUCGUGGAGCAGGAGCCAGUAUCAUCCCCUUCUUGGUUCGGCCGUACGCCGAUCAGAUGGAAGUGGAGGCUCUCGUCCGUCCUAGAAUGCCUGUCUUGAUGACUGCCCCCGAACUCGAUGCCUAUAUCGACGAAGACGAAGAAGAAGUGGAGGACGAGGAGAUGGCUGAUGACGCGUACAAAGCUGCUCCCAAAACCGCCGAGUUCUUGAAACAGCCUGUGUCUAUGCCCAUUCAUGUGCCCCAGGCCGAGCAGCCGAAGGCCGCCGAACCGGCUCCUACCUUCCAGAAGCGAACCUACACAGAGGAUUCAACGACGCAGGAGCCAGCGACCAAGAAACAGGAUGUUCAGGUGAAAAAGGCACGCUUUGAGGAACUGGUUCCAAACGCAGUUUCCCAGCCCGCUCCCGCAGUCACUCAAUCCGAGGCUCCCAAGGUCUCAGCUCCCGUCACCACCACUUCUACUCCUGUGACUUCACAGGCCACAGAGGAGCUUGACGAAAGCGAUGAUGAAUUGCCCACUCUGAACGUCGACUCUGACACCGACGAUGACGAUGACGUCACAAUGGAAGGCUAA